CCUCCGCCCCGCCCGCCUGCCCGGUUCAGACGGAGACGGGACAUCGAACGGCAGCCGCGCCCAGUGCCCCCUGCCCAGCCUAUAACAGCGGAGACCCUCACAGGCCAGGCCAGGCCAGGACAAGACAGGUCCCUGCAGCCUCCCGCCUGCGCUGCCCGGCUUGGCAGUCCUCCAUUGGUCCAUCUGUCUAUCCACCGGUGGGCCUAGCCUUGAGUUUGUGGUUCCAGCCUUCAUCCCUCCAGUGGAAGCUCAGGACAUGUUCAGCUGGCUGAAGCGCGGAGGUGGCGGGGCAGCCCGGGGCCAGCGGGCCGAAGCCAUACGCACAGUGACCACCGCUCUCAAGGAUCUGUAUCGAGCCAAGCUGUUGCCACUGGAAGAACAUUACCGUUUUGGGUCCUUCCACUCUCCAGCCCUGGAAGAUGCCGAUUUUGAAGGCAAGCCCAUGGUGCUCGUGGCGGGCCAGUAUAGCACAGGCAAGACAAGCUUCAUCCAGUACCUGCUGGAGCAGGAGGUUCCUGGCUCUCGAGUUGGGCCAGAGCCCACAACCGACUGCUUUGUGGCUGUCAUGCAUGGUGAGACUGAGGGCACCGUGCCUGGCAAUGCCCUCGUCGUUGACCCGGACAAGCCCUUCCGCAAACUCAACCCUUUCGGGAACACCUUCCUCAACAGGUUCAUGUGUGCUCAUCUGCCCAACCAAGUCCUAGAGAGCAUCAGCAUUAUUGACACCCCGGGCAUCCUUUCUGGGGCAAAGCAGAGAGUGAGCAGAGGCUACGACUUCCCGGCCGUCCUGCGCUGGUUUGCCGAGCGGGUGGAUCUGAUUAUUCUCCUCUUCGAUGCCCACAAGCUGGAGAUCUCGGAUGAGUUCUCGGAGGCCAUCGGGGCGCUGCGGGGCCACGAGGACAAGAUCCGGGUGGUCCUCAACAAGGCCGACCUGGUGGAGACCCAGCAGCUGAUGCGCGUGUACGGGGCGCUCAUGUGGGCCCUGGGCCGCGUGGUGGGGGCCCCCGAGGUCCUCCGGGUCUACAUCGGCAGCUUCUGGGCCCAACCCCUGCUCGUCCCCGACAACCGGCGCCUUUUCGAGCUGGAGGAGCAGGACCUGUUCAGAGACAUCCAGGCCCUGCCUCGCCACGCGGCUCUGCGCAGGCUCAAUGACCUCGUCAAGCGGGCCCGCCUGGUCAGGGUGCACGCCUACAUCAUCAGCUACCUGAAGAAGGAGAUGCCUUCUGUGUUUGGGAAGGAAAACAAGAAGAAGCAGCUCAUCACCAACUUGCCCGUCAUCUUCGCCAAGAUCCAGCUGGAGCAUCACAUCUCCCCGGGAGACUUCCCUGACUGUGAGAAGAUGCAGGAACUCCUCAUGGUUCACGACUUCACCAAGUUCCACUCCCUGAAACCCAAAUUGUUGGAGGCUUUGGAUGAGAUGCUGACCCAGGACAUCGCCAAGCUGAUGCCGCUGCUUCGUCAGGAGGAGCUGGAGAGCCCCGAGGUGGGCGUGCAGGGUGGGGCCUUCGAGGGCACCCACAUGGGCCCCUUCAUGGAGCUGGGCCCCGGAGAGGCCCUCGGAGAAGGGGGAGAGAACGGGGAUGAUGAAGCAGAGUGGGUGGUGACCAAGGACAAAUCCAAGUACGACGAGAUCUUCUAUAACCUGGCUCCGGCUGACGGCAAGCUCAGCGGCUCGAAGGCCAAGACAUGGAUGGUGGGCACCAAGCUGCCCAACUCGGUCCUGGGCCGCAUUUGGAAGCUGAGCGACGUGGACCGGGACGGCAUGCUGGAUGAUGAGGAGUUUGCCCUGGCCAGUCACCUCAUCGAAGCCAAGCUGGAGGGCCACGGGCUGCCCGCUGACCUGCCCCGGCUGGUGCCUCCCUCCAAGCGCCGCCACAAGGGCUCUGCCGAGUGACGGGGCAGAAGGGGGUCUGUCUCUGACUCUUGUCUCCCCUGCACAGAGCCUGCCCCUGACAGUGCAUUUCCUCAACUCUCCCUCUCAGAGUUCACUUUAUGCUUGUGUCCCUUCAGCUCCGUUCUCUGAAUCCUUGACCUGCAUCCCUAGCUCUGGACUUUUCUGAACCCCAUCUCUGUCUUCUGUGAAUCUCCAACUUUAGCAUCUCUUGAGU